CAAGGACCAAGAUAAACUUAUAAAAUUGUCAGUCUGCCGUUUCAGGGUUGGAACCGUCAUGGGGUUGGAAGAAAACUUUAAUGAUUAAUAAGUAUUAUCAGGGUCCUCCAUAUGACCAUCAUCUCCCUCCAUUCAUUUGGUCCCCCUCAAUCUUAUAUAUAAUCCCCUCCAUUUCUAUGAAUGCUGGUUUAAGCAUUAUAUGCUUGGGUUUAUUACUGUUUUCUUUGAUUCUGAGUUCUGUGUAGGCUAGAUGGGUCAAUUCAUUUCUCUGAUCCAAAGCAAAAAGUCUCUGUCUGAGACAACAGAAGAGCCCACAGAGAGGUGCCCAAGCUCACUUUCUUGUGGGAGUAUUCUGGAUUUGGAUAACAAUCUCUUCAUCUGCAAUCUUCUGAAGGAUGAUCCAAAUGGGUAUUCUUCUAGAGUUUACUACAGAUCUGGAUUAGGGACAGGUGUUCCAUUCACUUGGGAAGCAGAACCAGGGAAACCCAAAACAAAUUCAAUGGAGGAAAGUGAUUUCAUUGUUGUGCCCCCUCCUCCUCCAUUUGAAGGAGACAAAAAGCUUACACUGUUGCAGGUGAGAAAUAAAGACAGAGGUAGCAAGUCCUGGAGAAGGAUUCCAUGUGCCUCAGUGGGAUGCAUUCCCUUCUAAUAAGAAAUUGUGAUCAUAGUCCAGCUAAAUUUUUGAAUUUUUGGAUGUUUUAUUCUUCUUUCUAGAUUUUUGUUGUGUGUUCAUGAUUUUUCCAUAGUUCAUGAAGAUAAAUAAGAGAGUUUUCUUCAGAAUGAUCUGUAUAAUUUGUUUUUUAGCAAUAUUUCAAAUCGUAUUGAGAGAUCCAUCGUCAAGAAAUUA